AGCGCUUGAUAGCGGCUCAGCUCGACCUUGUGCGCGUCGGCGUCGCCCGCAGCAAAGUCGAUGAAGCAGCGUCGGCCGCUCAUAGAUGGGGAAUUGGACGAGGCGGGAGCUGGCGAGGUGAGGUCGGGGCGGGUCGUGCGCUGGGGCAGGCGGCGAGGAAGCAGAGAAGAGCAGGCAGCGGGCCUUGCAGAGCUCGCUCGGCGGUGUGAAUGAGCAGAAUGAGGAACGUUGGUCGUCGUCGCCGGCCUCGACCAGCUGUGCACCAGCUCUCGUCAUGCUGCGAGCGCUUACGGCCUCUGCACGGCUCCCCUGCACCUGCCAGGGCAGCUAUAGCUCGCCGCGAGUCGCCCACACUCGCCCCGCCUCGUCUCGACCUGCACCGCCUCCUCCCCCUCCUUCUUUCCGCCUCCCCACCAUCUUCGCGCCUGCGACGGGCAAGGGCAAGUCGGCCAUCUCGAUCCUGCGCAUCUCGGGCCCAGAUGCCCUCGACGUCUGGCGCAAGAUGACGCGGCCGCCGCGCGGCAGGACCCACACCAACCGCACCAGGAGCGAGCCGCCAGAGCGCAAGGCCAUCCUGCGGCGCAUCGUCGCCCCAGACGGCGAGGUCCUCGACGAGGGUGUUGUCCUCUACUUUCCCUCUCACUCGGCCCUCACCGCCCAGCCGACCCUCGAGCUUCACCUUCAUGGCUCCCCCGCCCUCAUGCAGCUCCUCCUGCGGCUCCUCCCCUCCCUCGGCAACACCUUCCGCAUCGCCGAGCCCGGCGAGUUCACUCGGCUCGCGUUCGAGGCGGGCAAGAUGGACCUCACCGAGGUCGAGGGCAUCCGCGACCUCGUCGAGGCCGACACCGAGGCGCAGAGAAAGCUGGCGGCGAGGCAGGCCAGUGGCCAGAUGCGCGUCGCGUACGACUCGAUGCGCAGCGAGGCGAUCGAGGCCAUGGCGCUCAUCGAGGCGCUCAUCGACUUUGGCGAGGACGAGGGCAUUUCUGAGGGCGUUUACGAGCAAGCUCGGCAGAAGGUCAACACGCUCAGCUCGAGAAUACGCAAGUACCUCGAUGACGGUCGACGCGGCGAGAUCCUCCGGCAGGGCAUCCACCUCGCCAUCAUCGGCCCGCCCAACGCAGGCAAGAGUUCGCUCCUCAAUUGGCUCGCACAACGAGAAGCCGCCAUCGUGACGGCGGUCCCGGGCACAACUCGCGACGUCGUCGAGCUCGCGCUCGACUUUCACGGCUUCCCGGUACACGUCGCCGACACGGCCGGGUUGAGGAGUACAGGCGACGAGGUCGAGGCGAUCGGGAUCGAGCGGGCGGUGGCCAAGGCCGAGACGGCCGACAUCAAGCUCUGCGUCCUUCCCCUCGACGAGAUCUUCCCCUCAUCCUCGCCCUCGUCCUCCUCGACGCCGGCCGCACGCGCACCCGCGCCCGUCAUCGACCCACUCACGCUCUCCCUCAUCGACCACCACACGCUCAUCGUCCUCAACAAGCUCGACGCGCAUGUCGAGCCACCAACAGCGGCGCAACUGGGCGCCCUCGAGGCGUACCUGCGGCAGGAGGGCAAGAGCUGGGCGGUGGCGGGCGCGCGGGAGCGAGAAGGGGCGUUCGCGCUCGUGAGCGCGAGGGACGGCCGAGGGCUCGCGCAGCUUGCCGAGCGGCUCAAGGGCGAGGUCAAGCGGCGGUUCGACCUCUCGGACGCGCUCGAGGAAACGCCUAUCGUCACGCAAGAGCGGCAUCACCUCCCCUCGGACGAGAUCGUGAGCGCGGGCGAGGAGCUGCGGUACGCCGUGCGGUCGCUCGGGCAGAUCACGGGCAUGGUCGACACGGAGGAGGUCCUCGGCGAGAUCUUUCGCGGGUUCUGCAUUGGCAAGUAG